CUGCGCUCUUACUGCGCAUCUUUUCUCUCACAAUAUUCACAAUGUCUAUGAUCACGGCGACUACGUGGGUGCCGCGCGGAUUUGCGGCACCUUUUCCCUCACGAUAUCAGUUUGACGAAGACGAGUACGAGCGCAUCUCCAAGCUUGCGAAUCUUCAGCUGGAGGACGCCAAGGAAGAACUCGAAGAGGCGCAAGCCUCGGAGAAGAGCAAAAAUGGAACUUCGAGCAAGGCGUCAAAAAAAGACGACGAGGACGACGAUGACGACCUUAAAGAGUACGAUCUUGAGCACUACGAUGACGAAGUCGCCGAGGACCAGGGCGACACCAUGGCCAUGUUCGGAAAUGCAAAGAACUUGGUCUUCCACGAAAACGACGAGGACGACCCCUACAUCACAAUGCAAGGCGGAGAGGAAGAGGACGAGGAAGAUCGCGAAGAGCUCCAGAUCUUGGCCACCGACAACCUUGUAUUGGCAGGUCGGAUAGAAGACGAGGUCGCGCAUCUGGAAGUCUAUGUUUACGAAGACGAGGACGACAAUCUCUAUGUGCACCACGACAUCAUGCUGCCGGCCAUUCCACUCACUGUCGAAUGGUUAGACUUUCCCGUUGGCAAGUCAGUAGGCACAAGUGAAGGCAAGGGCAACUAUGUAGCGAUUGGAACCAUGGACCCUGAUAUCGAAAUCUGGAAUCUGGAUGUGGUUGACAGCAUGUACCCAGAUGCUGUACUUGGACAGGGAGCUGAAGAUGCAAAGGCAGACAAGCCAAAAAAGAAGAAGAAGAAGUCUAAGAAGGCCAACGAUGACUUCCAUGUCGACUCUGUGCUUUCGCUCGCCGCCAACCGCCACCACCGAAAUCUCCUUGCUUCCUCAUCCGCAGACAAGACUAUCAAGUUGUGGGACUUGAACACGACAAAGUGCGCCAAGUCAUACACGUACCACACAGACAAGGUCUGCUCAGUUGCAUGGCAUCCCGUUGAGUCUACUGCGCUGCUGAGUGGUAGUUACGACCGAACCGUUGUGGCUGCCGACAUGCGAGCACCCGACGCAAAGGCGCCUCGAUGGGGUGUUGAGAGUGAUGUAGAGACUGUGCGGUGGAACCCGCACGAUGCCAACUACUUCUACGUCUCAACUGAGAAUGGCAUGAUACAUUACCACGACACCCGCAACGCGCCAAAAGACCCGUCCGCUUCGAAACCUGUCUGGGUUUUACAAGCCCAUGAUGAGUCUAUUUCAUCUUUCGAUAUCAACCCUGUGAUACCAGGCUACCUGGUGACGGGCUCUACCGACAAGCAGGUAAAAUUGUGGAACAUCCAAGACAAUGGCCCGAGCAUGGUUGUGUCGCGAGACUUGGGUGUCGGACGAGUCUUUUCCACGUCCUUUGCCCCCGAUAAGGAAGUCGGAUUCCGGCUGGCAGUCGCUGGAAGCAAAGGUGCGGUGCAGAUCUGGGACACGAGCACGAACGGUGCGGUACGUGCGGCGUUUGCGAACAAAGUACCGGCGAUCCGGGGAGAUGGCAAGGAGCGUCUCGUGGGCCUGGACGAGCAGGAUACAGAUUCAGAUACAGAUGAAGGGGAGAGCGAUGAAGAAGGCGAAGAAAAUGGGGAUGAGAAGGGGUGGGAGUCGAUGGAGGAGUAGACUAUGAUACCCCGAACGUAGUAUGAAACGACGCGCAGCAAGUGUGGCAGAAUGCGGAUACGACUGUCUGUACAG